CCAAGGUGCGGGCCGUGUCCUGCAGGAUUGCUGCUGCUGCUGCUGAGCCUGCGAUUCGCUAGCCGCGGGCGUGGGGGACAGAGAGAGGCAGGGUCGGGGUCACCACCACGUGCAGCUGCCACGUUCUCACCUGGGGCUGGGCUCCAGCCAGCAGCUCGGUCGGCCUUCUUCACAUUUGGGGGCUUGCGCUUGGUUCGGAAUCACGAUUGUUUAUUUACGACGUGUCCAAAUGUUUAUUAUGUACAUAAGGAAAUAAAUAACAUGAUGAUGACGCACGUGUUGGCUGUGCCGUCAUAUCGCGUAGUUAUAAAUAUGUUAUGAGCAACCAAGCUGCGCAAGGUGGCUUCUGCUGGCAAGGGAAACUGCUCCGUAGUCUCCACGUGUCCAGUGGUGGUGACAGCGGCGUGCUGUGAACAACAUCUCCCCGUCUCCCAAGGUACCGCACCCCCGGCACGGGGAAACGAGGGGCUUGGCAUGCAGCGCACCGUGCGUGGCACGGGUGCCGGGCACCUGCAACGGGCUCAGCGGGUUGCGCGCGACCGCCUGCUGCGGCAGCUGGAGCGGCAGCGCGUCCACUGCGUCCGGGAGCUUGCUCACCGCGUGGACACCGAACAUCGACUCCUGGCGGCCAUCGCCGGGAGCCGCUCCACGGCCGCCACCCUGGCAGGUCCCGUCGCCGCCGCCACCGCUGUCACCGCUGCCGCCACCGCUGUCACCGCCACCACACGGCCUCCGGUGCCGCGAGGCCAAGCGGAAAGAUCCUCACUCGUGCCGGGCGAAGUCGUAAAAGCGAGCGACUCGAAGAGCUCUGCUGUUUGUUUUCCCGGUGUUAUGUGCGAGUCUGCACUCCGCUCAGAUCGCGGAGCUCCUCAUCGACACAAUCACCGUUAUCCUCAUCAUUAUCCACAGCAUCGUUUGACCUCUCAGAGCCAGCCAAUCACUAAGUUAUCACUGCCAUCGCCUCAUGGGGAAACAUCCAGCAUGUCUUGCCUGAAUGGCUACGCGGUUAAUCACAAUGGUGACGAACAAACUCAAAGGUCUGACUGCUUAGAGGACAAACACACGUCAACUAGGAGCAAAGACAGUGACGCGAAACACGAUCACCAAUGCGACGACCACCACCGUGUCCACCAAUGUGGUAACCGCCGCCAUGACCGGCUCCAGCAAGGCUAUCGCCGCAUCGCCCAAGCGGACCUUGAGGAAACGGGGCCAACGUACACGGGCGGCGACGAACUUCGUGCGGUUGAUGGACGAGAGGAGCUCCCGCUGGCGUUUCCCCGCCGCCACCGCAGCCGCCAGCGUCGCGGCCGCUCACCCGCCGCCCACGCGGGCGCGUCGUCGGGGCCUCGCACGGGCGUGCGGGCGCGGCGCGACGAGGCGGCGCGCGCCCGCAAGGCGGAGCGGGCCCGGCGGAGGAGGGAGCGCAUCACGGAGCGGACGAGGCUGCCGCCGCUCUGGGACCGCGGUCGGCACGGCGAGGGGGCCGGAGAGGCCGCACCGGAGCAGGGCGACUGGGCGAGGGUGCUGCGCGACGUGCGCUACUUGCGCAUUCACGACUGCGGGGAGGGCUCGCAUGCGAGUGGCGAACCGGAGCAGGGAAGCCGGGACGGGUCGGCCGUCGGAUAA